AUGGAGCUGCUAGCAGAUGAGAAAGAUGGACGCUACAAACGCCUGCAGCGAAGGCACAUAUAUCUGCAUCGUUUGGCGGGCGAUGACAUUUUCGCAGCGAAAGUCGAAGCCCAGCCAAAGGCACCCAUGCGAAUGGUGCUGCGAUUUGCAGUGUAUGCCGGCAUUGCCACGUUUGUCAUCAUGGAGCGAAGUCAAGUCGGAGAUCUGUCAGCAACGAACCAGGCACUCAGAACCGCCUUGACCAGCCAGUAUUUCGAGCACAGCCCUGUGCCGAAAACUUUCGAAGAUAUCAAGAACGAAGCGGACGUCAUCUCCUGGCUUAGAUGGCUUUGCACGGCUCUAGAACAAGCAGGCAGCGAGCAGUCUUACGGCAAUCCCCUGUCACUGCUCUUGCACAAUAGAGUGCUUCCCAGGGCAGGGGCAUGCUUGGAUGCUGCUGCUCUGAGCUUGAGCUUCCGACGUGUGAAGCUGUCGGCCGACAGCGCGUCCACAACCACAGAUCGGUUUUCCCAGCUAUACCCAUUGACUUGGAUGGCAAACACCAUCCAACCAGGGCAAGCUGGUGGCGAUGUGGAAGCAACGUCGAAUAUCCGCGCUGGCAACGUGACAUGGAUGCAUACGCCACCAUGCUCGUCGUGCGGCAAUGCAGGAUAUGAGGAUGCAGGAGGAUACUUGGCAGUGAUCACCACGAGGGCAUCAGGUACUCUUGUCCACUUGAUCGAUAAAUCACAAACUUUUGACACCUCGCCAGCUGAAGCUCUGCAUCAUUGUGACAGAAGACUUCAGAGAUCUGGAACAGUGAGCCUGGACACGUUUUUGGCCGAGCCCUUUUUUGAUUCUCAGCUCGGCAGUCUCACAGUGGAGUUACAGUCCUACAACGCGAACUAUCAAAGCCUGUCCAGGGUUCGGGUCUUCUUUGAGUUCAGUGCUGCAGGGACGCUCUCCUCGCACCGUAUGGCGUCAGACACAAUUCGUUUGGACGUGUCCCACAGUUGGAUUCAAUACUUCGAGUAUGCUUACCUGAUCCUUACAUGCCUUUACUUCUUCGAGCUGGUUUACAGAAUUGGAAAGGGCUUUCCGACAUAUUUGAGAAACUUCUGGUGCUAUGUGAAUGCGUGCUCCAUCAUUGGGAGCAUCAGCUGUUUCGGCCUCUGGUACUACUACAUGCCUCGCUUGAGAGAUUUCCGGGUUGGACGCCAAUUUGAGGAGCCAGCGGAAUUCCAAUCCCGGUUCGCAACGUUCUCUCUAUACAUAGUGGCAUCCUCAUUUGCAACAUUCACCAUCUACUUGAGGGUGUUGCAAUUUCUAGCAAACACGCGUUCGCGCGUGGUGCUGCUUCUGAAGACCAUCAUGUUCAGUGCCGGCAACAUGGUUGUCUACAUCCUGUACAUUGGUGUGAUCUUCGUUGGCUUCUUCACAUUUGCCCUGACGCACUUCUCCUCAUUGUCUGCAAACUUCACAGACCCUUGGACCACUUUCGUCAGCACCUUCUCGCUAUUCUUCGGGGACCUGAGUGUUGUGGACGGCUUCCAGGCACCACUUCGUGUGCCAUUUAUUUGGCUAUUCAUGUUUUUCUUCUUCUUUUUGUCGGUGCAGAUGUUCAAUGCCAUCAUCAACUAUUCCUACAACAGGGUCUCAGAGGACAUGAAAUCAGUCUUCCAGCGUGAGCAGUAUGAGCAGCAGCUGAAGAGCAAGAAGAAAGGUCGAAGUCUUUGGCAGGCUCUCACCAACUUGCGGAAGCCAAAGCCUGCGGAGGAGCAGGAUGAUGUUGAAGCUGUUUCUGCAGGAGUGAACUCACAGGCAGCAGCUGCCAUCCCGGAUGCAUCCGCUCUUGAUGAAGCAGUUCGACAAAAGGUGGAGGAGUAUCGUGGUAGAGACACGAACAAAGCUGCCAAAGAUGGCUUCUGUACUGCUCUGGCCUACUGCAUCAUGGUCUCAUGCUACAUCUGGUUCCUGUACGUGAACAUGAUGGUCGAGGCGAAGAGUUCUGUUCGAAUCGUGGUCAACGAAACCGUGCAUGCACUAGAGGUGCCCUCGCCCGUGUCUGGUGAAGCUCCUUUGCAGGGAUGGGCGGAAAUUCACGCCUGGCCGCAAGCAAUUUCUUGGAUUCGCCAUGGGCUCCCUGAGCUGAUUUUCAAUUCAACUUCCGCGGCCAGUUUAGCAAUCGCUACGUCAGGAGCAAACCCUGUGGCAGCAGAAGGUGUGCGAUGCCUACGAUCUUGGAACUGCUUCCUGACUGGUAGCUCGGGGAAUGCCACCAACAUCGUGCGUAUCACGCAGAAGCGGAGCAGAAGAGUCUUGAACAAGGGGGCACGCCACGAUUCGACUCCCGAUGACGAACGCUUCAUCGGUGGAGUUGACAAUGCUACAGGCCAGGAGAUCCAGCAGAUCCUGGUGAACGCAUCAGGCUUCUCCCGGACAAUUGACCCUGACUCCCCCAACAAUGUCGCCGAGGACACGGGGGCAGGGUUUCAGUUGGCUCUUGGACAGGUUGAACUUUGCAAGACGGUGGCGGCAGACGGACCGGGCAGCUACAAGAAUGCAGGCGGGAUUGUAUGCCAGCUGGAUUCAGAUCCGGCGACAUUCCAGGAUCAGAUGGAUCUCAUGAUGGCAAGCGACUUUUUCACCAGUGCCUCUGCAACGUUCGUGGUUGAGCUGGUUACCCACAAUACCAACAGAGACAUGAUGAGCUACAUCGUGAUCAAGAUAGUGCAGACGCCAGCCGGUGAAGUGCGAAAAGACUUGCGAGUCUUCUCGUUGGCACUCUUCGGCUGGGAUGUUGGAGUGGACAAGUUGAGCUACUUCAUCGGACGUCUACUCCCUGGAGUCAUUUAUAUGAUCCUGGUGAUGUGCUUCACGAUCAUGCUUUAUCGAGAGCUGCAGACGGAGCAUACUCGCCGAACAGUCUCCAUGGAGGGUGCAGGGAAAGGUCCAGGCUUUCUGACCACCAUCUACACCUUCUUCACCACAGACAUAUUCCGGCCAGUCGAUACGCUUUCGUUUCUGAUGUCUUUCUGGAGCUUCGUCCUAUUCAUCAUGUGGUUGGUGAAGGAGGGGGACCUGCCGCAGAAAUUGCAGGGGGACUACGGGUCAAUUGUUGACUUCGCAGCUGAGUUGACGGCCCAAGAGCGGGAGUACAACCGCAUCUCCUCCGCGAAUCUUCUGCUCAUCUUCGUCCGGCCCCUUCGCUUCAUUCGUGAAGAUCCCCGCAUGCAAAGGCUCAAUCAGACCUUGAAGGAGGCCAGAACCGACAUCUUUUGGUUCAUCAUUGUUCUCGGCAUCGUUCUCUUUGCAUGCACCUUGCUGUCCUUCGUGUCCUUCGGACCUCGGUUCAUCAAAUGCAGCGACAUCUUCUCGGCCUUCAUCUUCUGCUUUUCAUUCAUCCUCGGAGAGUUUGACUUCUGGAGCCUGUUCCAGGCAAACCCUGUGAUGGCGGUGAUCUUCUUCUUCCCCUACCUGAUUCUCGUGUACUGCGUGUUCACGAACAUCUUCUUUGCAAUUCUUGACAGGUUCUUCGUCUCAGCAGAUCCUCCACCCAUUAAGUUCAAGAGGAAGCUCAAGCCACUCUUCUCCAAAAUCUGUCGUUGCAUCGAUUGGGACGAUGAUUUCGUCAUGGAGGGCGACCCCAAAGCAGCCAAAAAAGAUGGGCCAGUCUCGCGUGCAGGGCGUGUUGCUGACACUGCCAAAGUGAUCCAUAACAUCCGGAAAGGUCUGGAUGGGGAAGCUGGGAGUCAAAUGGCGCUGAGCAAGCCACUACGUGAAGUCUGUGACAUGGACGAUAGGCUUUUGGGUGUAGUCAAAUGGGGGCACGAUGAGGCAGCAUCCUUGGUCAGUGACUUCCAAAACCUGCUCGUCAAGAAGCAGCAGUACAAAAACGAAGAUGUGUUCAUAAAGCAGGUGGUCAUGAAGAAAGUUGAUACAGAUGAGAGCAGGACAAGAGCCGAAAUGGAGGAGGCCCAUCGGCAGAUGAGAUAUGCAGCUGAAGUGCAUGAAGUCAUGGCGCUGCGUGAUCAGCAGACGCUGGCAAAGUACAUCUGGCUGCUUGAGCAGAAAAUUCAGAAGAAGAUGAACGAUCAACAUGCCCUGAAGAUGGAGGUCCAGCACCUUCAAGAAGAAAUGGACAGCAUGCGUUUCACCAAAGACGAGCUGCGGAACCAAGCCACAGGCAUGAGAGCUGCAGAAGCGCCGGAUGCAGAAACUCAAGGCCUGGAAGGUUCUGACGAAGAGGAGGAUUUAGAGCUUCGCGAAGGCGAAGAUGCUAUAGCACCGGCGGAUGAUCCUAAUGCAGCGAUGGACCAUCCGCUGCCAAGCGAGAAUCCGACAACAAUCUCGAUGCUGAAGGCGUUGGGUGAGAAGGCAUGA